GGGGGAAUAAAUAAUGACAGUUCAUUUUGGUAAUGACUAAUAAUCUCUCCCUAAGGCCAAUGUAGACUGAUUUUUGAUCUUGCAAAUACUUGUAAAUUGCCACAAAAAAAACAGCCACCAUCAAUAACGAGCAUUGUCUUUCCCCUUUAGAUUAUGCCCAAACCUCAAGCCAUGGUUAUGGUGGCUAUGGAGGACAGUCCAGCCAGAGUUACAGCCAGCAGAGCUAUGGAGGAUACAACCAAAACUCAGAGAGCAGCUCCGCUUAUAAUCAGGGUGGAUACAGUUCCAGCUAUGGACAGUCCCAAUCAGGAGGAUUUGCGUCUCAGCCCCCCUCUCAGGGCUAUAAUCAGUCCAGUCAGUCAUACAGCUCUGGAGGCUACAAUAACAGCAGCCAGCCUCCUCCAGCUCAAAGUGGAAGCUACAACCAGCAGUCCUCUUAUUCGGGCUAUAAGCAGCAUGAGUCUGCUCCUCCAUCUGCCUCUAGUAACUAUGGCAACGGUCAGCAGCAGGGUGGGGGUGGAUAUGGUGGCAGUGGGGAUCAGUCUGGAGGAUAUGGGGGCAGUGGAGGACAGAGCAGUGGAUACGGGGGUAGUGGGGAACACCAGUCAUCUCAGCAUGGAGGAGGGCCUUACAACCAAUCUCCCAACUACAGCUCUCCUCCAGCUCAAAACUAUGGGCAACAAAAUCAGUACGGACAGGGAGAUUACAACCAAGAUGCCUCGAGUGGUGGUGGUGGAGGCGGCGGCUAUGGUGGUCAGGAUGGUGGAUAUAGUCAGGAUGGUAGAGGUGGACGUGGUCGUGGAGGUGGCUUUGGAGGUCGAGGAGCGGGUGGGUUUGACAGAGGUGGUCGUGGAGGACCCCGUGGCAGAGGAGGAAUGGGGGCCCAGGGAUCAUGGAGCUGGUGGGCCCAAUAUGCGGGAGCAGGAUAACUCUGACAACAACACCAUCUUUGUGCAAGGUCUCGGAGACGACUAUACUGUUGAGUCAGUAGCAGAUUUCUUCAAACAGAUCGGCAUCAUCAAGGUCAAUAAGAAAACAGGAUUACCCAUGAUAAAUCUGUACACGGACCGAGAGACAGGAAAGCUUAAAGGGGAGGCUACUGUUUCCUUUGAUGACCCUCCUUCUGCAAAAGCAGCCAUUGAUUGGUUUGAUGGUAAAGAUUUUAGUGGAAAUCCUAUCAAGGUGUCCUUCGCUACUCGCAGAGUUGAAUUUGGACGCGGCGGUGGUGGCAUGAGAGGUGGUCAUGGUCGAGGUGGGCCAAUGGGCCGUGGGGGAUUUGGGGGUGAUAGUGGUGGUGGUGGUUUCCCAGGCAACAAUGGCAGCAGCCGCGGUGGUGGCCAGCAAAGAGCAGGAGACUGGAAAUGUUCAAACCCAACUUGUGGUAAUUUGAACUUCUCAUGGCGAAAUGAGUGCAAUCAGUGCAAAGCUCCCAAACCGGAAGGAAGUGGAGGAGGAAUGCCACCGAUGGGAGGUGGUUUUGGUGGAGGCAGAGGCGGUUUUGAUCGAGGUGGUUUCCGUGGCCGUGGUGGUGAUCGAGGGGGCUUCAGAGGAGGAUUUGGACCCGGCAAGAUGGACUCGAGAGGUGAACACAGACAUGACCGCAGAGACCGGCCUUACUAAUGGGAAAUUCUCUUUUGUCCAAAUAAGACUUUAUUUCAAUGUGGGACCAGUAUUUACUCCACUUCAACAUGUGUUACCUUGUUGCUCAUGUUUUGUGUUGUAUGUUGUUAAAAUAAUUGUUUUUGUUUUAGUUCUGGUCAUUUUUUUUUUUAUUCUCUCUGUAUUCUGAUAUUCUUAAUCAUGAAAUUUGUUUUUUUCCUUUCUGAAUUUGUUGGUGUUUAGGUCAGUUGUAAUAUUUGUGCAAA